AUGAGUGAAGCUAAUGUGCCUAACAAGACAUCGUAUGCGAUUGGAAUUGAUCUUGGAACGACUUUUUCGUGUGUGGGAUCAAUGUUCAAUGGGAAUAUUGAGAUAAUUACGAAUGCAGAUGGAGAGAGGACGACACCAUCUGUAGUGUGUUUUGAUGAUAACAACAAUGUAGUAGUUGGAACAGCAGCGAAGAACAUGUUUGGAAGCGAUCCAUCUUCUGUUGUUUUUGAUGCGAAGAGAAUGAUUGGACGAUCUUAUGAUGAUCCGAAGAUCAAGGAAUCAUUGAAGAGAUGGCCAUUCAAGGUGGUGAAGUAUGACCACCAGACAAGGAAGGAGGAUCAGAAUAUUAACAGCAAUGACAACAUAGCAAUCAAGGUGACAAAGAAUGGAGUUGACCAUUACUAUGCACCGAUUGAGAUCAGUGCAAGAGUGUUGACAUAUCUGAAGAAGGCAGCAGAGGCUAAGCUUGGUGUGACUGUUGAUUCAGCAGUUGUGACGGUUCCUGCAUACUUUGAUGAGCCACAGAAGAAGAGUACGAAGGUUGCAGCAACAAUAGCAGGAUUUAAUCCGGAUAGGGUCAGACUGCUUGCAGAGCCUACGGCAGCAGCACUCGCAUAUGGACAUGUGCAGACACAAACCAAUUCAAAUUAUGCCAUAAAAGAGGAUGUGCUUGUGUUUGAUCUUGGAGGAGGUACGUUUGACGUGUCCGUGCUUGACUUUGAGUUUAACUCUACGGAAGGAUCACUUGGAAUAGCAAGAGCUACUGAUGGAGACACAUUCCUUGGAGGACAGGAUUUUGACAAUCUUCUGAUUAACUACUGCAUUGCAGAGUUUUUGAAGAAGAAUACAAGUGUGAAGGAGAAUGAUUUGAAGGAGAACUCGAUACUGAGACUGAGAGCUGAAUGCACGAGAGUGAAGGCAAUACUGAGUUCGUCUACCAGCAGUUCGAUCUAUGUUCCAUGCUUCCAUGCUACAGACGAUCUGAAUGUUCCAAUUACAAGAGCCAGGUUUGAGAUGCUGUGUGAUCACUUAUUCAAGAGAUGUAUGGAGAGAGUAAAGGGAUGCCUGCUUCUAUAUAAAGAGGCGCCAGGUGUUGAAUACUCAGCAGAUGGAAGUAAACUAUUGUUGAACCCGAAUCUCGAGAGAAUGCUUGAGGAGGCAAAGAAUAGUAUCCGAAAGGUGAUUCUUGUUGGAGGGUCUUCAAGGAUACCUAAGAUCAAGAGUUUGCUAGCGGAUUACUUUGGAGCAAGUAAGGUGAUUGAGCCAGUUAAUGCAGAUGAAGCAGUUGCUUAUGGAGCAGCAUAUCAGGCAGCCGCAAUAUACUCUGAUGCACUUGCAGGAGGGACAAGCUUACUCUUGAUUGACUGCAUUCCACUUAAUCUGUCUAUUGAGACGGCAGGAGGAGUAGCUACGACGCUGAUAGACAAGAACAGUAGCAUUCCCAUAAUGAAGACAGAGACGUUUACGACGUACCAGAAUAACCAGACGGCGGUUACAAUCAAUGUUUAUGAGGGAAACCGAUCUAUGUGCUCAGACAACAAGCAGAUAGGAUCGUUUAAUCUUGAUGGGAUUAUUCCUGCACCUGCUGGUGUGCCAAAGAUUGAAGUGACUUUUGAGGUUGAUAAUAAUGGCGUGCUUACAGUCACGGCAAAGGAUACACAGACAGGUAAGUCUGGUAAAUUACAAGUUGCAAAUACACAGAGUAGGUUGAGUGAAGAAGAGAUCAAGAGAAUGACAGAGAGUGCAAAGGAGCACGAGAAAAUUGAUGCUGAGAUCAAGGAGAAAAUAGGAAAGAAGAAUACGUUUGAGCAAACAUUACACUCUGUAAGUGGAGCUAUUGAGAAUGCCAACAUUCCUCAAGAGCAGAAGGACAAUAUCAUGAAUACGGUCCGUGAUAAUGAGGCAUGGCUUGCGCAGAUAAACGGAAUGGACUUCUCUUUGGAAGAGCUUGAGAAUAGAUCUAAUGAACUGCGAAGUAUAAUGAGUGAGUACAUGAAGGGCUCUGGUAUGGAAGGCAUGGGUCAAGCAGCCGGAGGAUAA